ACGAUCUGAGAUAUAUCCACUGAUAUGUAACAUAUAAUAUAGAAUAAACUAUAUUAUAUAUUAUAUUGUUCUAUAUAAUAUCUCAAAUAGUGGCUUCUUCAAAUUAGUUGGUUGACCGGUCAUCACGAAACACUAUCGGUUAUAGGACAUAGGCCUUUGUUUAACCUGUAUGUUUUAAAUCACGGUUAAUGGUUAUUGAUUUCUUACCAAAUACUUCAAACAAUAUGUCAGAUAAAGCGAUGCUCGUAUUGGGAGAAGCUCCAGAAUCCGAUGAUGAAGAGUUUCAACACGUUGAGAAUUCAAAAAUUGGAAUAGCCGAGAGUGAUCACGCUGAGUUUGAAGCCGAUUCUAAUUAUCGGACAAGUAAUUCAACUUUUAUAGAAAAUAGAAAAAGACAAGUGGGAAGAGAAAGUUUUGCUAGCCGCUCUGACAAUUUCAAAAUGUCUGAAGACACUUUACUACAUAGAAAAUUAAAAGAGAAAAAUAUGCAGUUUUAUUCAAAUCUGACGACAUUUAACAAGGAAAUGUAUGUAAAUGCUAUGAAUAAAAUGAAUGAAACAAACCAACAGUUGGUCAAAGCUCAAGUAUUACUGCAAGAUUCUGUGACUAAUUGGAAGUAUAUUGAACAAAAUUUAUCACACAUCAAACGGAAGUUGAAUGAUAUACUGGCUGAGGAAUAUAUUCCUAAAAUUAUUAUUUAAUGCAUUUUUUUCAGUUAAUACAUGUUAUAAUUG